GUGUUUUAGCAGGAAGUAAAUAUUACACGACUGGAUACACGUAAUAUAUUAAAAAUGGGCGUCACCUAUCAUGACUGAGUUGUGAUCAGCAGUCAUGGAUCAAGUACCAGAUAAAGCCCAGCAUUAUGUGGAGUGUGACACAAAAUCCUGUAGAAACUCCUCAAAGUUUUACUGCAAUACCUGUCAUGAGCGACUCUGUGACAAAUGCAAACAGCGUCAUCUAGAGCAGAACAAUGGACAUGAGAUCGUCCUUUAUCAGGAGAGGAAAAGAAAACUACCUUCAGAGAAAUGCCGGAUCCACCCCACACAAGAUGUAGAUAUUUACUGUAAAGUUUGUCAGGAUCCUCUUUGUUCUACAUGCUUUAACCAAGACCACAGUGAUCAUGAUAUAUGUGAACUUGAAACCAUCUACAAUGACCUUUUACAGCAAUGUCAGAAGGAAAUAACUGAGAUCUGGAAAACAAUCAUUCCUAAAGCUAAUUAUAAUGUUGGAUCAAUUGGGGAAAAGAGAGAAAAUGUCAAGAAAGAAAUUGCCGAGUUUAGAGUUUCCAUGCAGAAGAGAGCAGAUGAGCUGAAGAUGGCUGUUGAUAGUAUACUAACUGAUAAUAAUAAAAAACUUGAUGAGAUCGAGAAAUGUGUCCUGAAUGAUAUGAUGGAACAGCAGAAUGAAACAAAGGACUAUAUAGAAUACCUGGAAAAAAUGAUUUCAGACUACGAGAGUAAAAUGUCUUCAAUAAAACACAAUGAACUCAUGAAAUUACAUUUAGACAUUUCAUUGGCUACCCUGAAGAUACCUAACAAAGUUACACACGAAUUGCCAAUUUUAACAUUAGGUAAACUAAAUAAGGAAGAAAUAGCCAAUCAGUUUGGUGAAAUAGAAGUAGAUUUAUCAGAAAGGUUUAAACUUUCCUCUGUCACAAAAGUAAGUGAAAAAACUAUCCAAAGCACAGGAAUCUGUCAUUUGUCUUUCUUACCCCCUAACAUAUUUUGGACCAGUGAUAACUUUGGAAAUCUCAUUCAGUAUGAUAUGGAAGGAAACAUCCUGCAUUAUAUAUCCACCAGUAUGUUGUAUGUUCAAGGUUUCCAUACGUUCACCACAGAAGGAGAACUUCUUUACACAGAUUACAGUGAGAAAUCUGUCAACAGAGUAACUAGUGACAUGUCCACUAACACGCUUAUUCAGACAGGGAGCUGGAGACCUGGAGCUAUCUACUCCUCUCAUAUCAAUGGACACAUAUUGGUCGGGAUGGAGAGAAAGUCAAGCCGGAAAAUAACCAGAUACAACAAAGAAGGAAAGAAGUUACAGGACAUACAGUGGGAUGAUAAAGGACAAAGUCUCUUUCAAAGUAUACACUACAUCACAGAGAAUAUCAAUGGUGACAUCUGUGCUUCAGAUGCUGGUAAGGUUGUGGUGGUGAAUGCAUCAGGGGAGUAUAAUUUCUCUUACACUGAUCAUCAGUCUCGGGAUGGAUUCUGGCCCUAUGGAAUCUGUACAGAUGUUCUGGGACACAUUUUGGUGUCUAAUAGCUAUUAUUCAUUAACCAUGUUAACGAAUUUCUCCAGUGUCUAUCUGUUGGACAUCAAAGGACAGUUUCUUACUCUCCUAUUGACACCAGAACGAUGUCCUCCAGAUCCCCGUGCUCUCUGUAUUGAUGAUCAACACAAUCUAUGGGUUGGAGGAUGGCGCAGUUCUACUGUCUUUGUGUACAAGUAUUUGCAGAACACAACCCUAUGAACUGUAGCUCUCCAAAAACUAUAUUGAGCUCCAGUUCCAUCCACUGAAAAAAGUGUACUAUAUAUUAAUUACUUAUUACACACAAAAAUGUGCACUGUUUUUUCUAUUUAUUUCUCCAUGUUUUUAAAACUGCAAU